GUUUGGAGAAGGAGGAGGUGGAAGAACGGGUGGAGUAUGAUCUGAACAGCACCACCAGCUCCACCAGCAGCGCCAGCAGCACCAGCAGCAGCAAACGAUAAAGAGAAACCCGCUCUCCAGACGCCCCCGCGAUGCUGUGCCGGCACAGCGGGUGCUGCGUGGCGCCCUGGUGGUUCUGCUACGACGGAGGAGGGCGGGGGGGCCUGCUCAGCCACGAGGACCCGCCGGCCGGUCACCUCAAGAAGUCCCCGGAGAAUCACCCGUUGGUGGAGAAAAGUGUGAAGGAGGGAAUCCUGUUAAAGCAGACAAGCUCGUUCCAGAGAUGGAAGAGGAGGUACUUCAAACUUAGAGGGAGGACUCUCUACUACGCCAAGGACUGCAAGUCUCUGAUUUUUGACGAGGUGGACCUAUCGGACGCGAGUGUGGCCGAGACCAGCACCAAGAACAUCAACAACAGCUUCACGGUGAUCACUCCAUUUCGCAAACUGAUGCUGUGCGCCGAGAGCAGGAAGGAAAUGGAGGACUGGAUUGGCGCCCUCAGAUCCGUCCAGAAGUGGGAAACCUAUGAGGCCAGCCAGUUCAACAUGGAGCACUUCUCCGGGAUGCACAACUGGUACGCCUGCUCGCACGCCAGACCGACCUUCUGCAACGUGUGCCGGGAGGCCCUGCCAGGCGUCACCUCCCACGGCCUCUCCUGCGAAGUCUGCAAGUUCAAGGCCCACAAGCGCUGCGCCGUCCGCUCCACCAACAACUGCAAGUGGACCACGCUGGCCUCCAUAGGCAACGACAUCAUCGAGGACGAGGAGGGGGUGUUCAUGCCCCACCAGUGGCUGGAGGGCAACCUGCCCGUCAGCGCCAAGUGCGUGGUGUGCGACAAGAACUGCGGCAGCGUGCGGCGGCUGCAGGACUGGCGCUGCCUCUGGUGCAAAGCCAUCGUCCACAACAGCUGUAAAGAACAAAUGGGGAAGGUGUGUCCAUUGGGUCAAUAUCGGGUGUCAAUCAUCCCUCCCACUGCACUUAACAGCAUCGACUCGGAUGGCUUCUGGAAGGCCACCUCGGCGUCCUGCUCCAGUCCCCUGCUGGUCCUGGUCAACUCCAAAAGCGGAGACAACCAGGGAGUGAAGUUCCUCCGCAAGUUCAAGCAGCUCCUGAACCCGGCCCAGGUGUUCGACCUGAUGAACGGGGGCCCGGAGCUCGGCCUGCGCCUGUUCCAGAAGUUUGUGACGUUUCGCAUCCUGGUGUGCGGGGGAGACGGCAGCGUGGGCUGGGUGCUCUCAGAGCUGGAUAAGCUCAACCUCCAUAAGCAGUGCCAGCUCGGGGUUCUGCCUCUGGGGACCGGCAACGACCUGGCCCGGGUCCUGGGCUGGGGGGGCCUCUGCGACGACGACGCGCAGCUGCUGCAGAUCCUGGAGAAGAUGGAGAGGGCCACCACCAAGAUGCUGGACCGGUGGAGCGUGAUGACGUACGAGGUGCCCACCCCCACCAAGCGCUCGCCGCCGGCCAGAGAAGACGACGGCCUGGACUCUCAGCUGCAGGUCCACAUCACUCAGUAUGCAGACUCCGUGGCCUCCCACCUCGCUAAGAUCCUGGACUCGGACAAACACAGCGACGUCAUUUCUUCAGCCAAGUUCCUGUGUGGGACGGUGAAUGAUUUCGUGGCGGAGGUGGGGAAGGCGUACGAGAGAGCCACGGAGAACAAGGAGGAGGCGGACGCCAUGGCGAAGAAGUGUUCUCUGCUGAAUGAGAAGCUCAAUUCGCUGGUCAAGGCCUUGAGUGAAGAAGCAGAGGCUCAGGUGGUGCCGGCGGGUUCGGCCCCCGGCCAGGAGGGCGGCGGCGGCGGCUCGAGCCCCGUGGAGGGCGGCGGCGGCGGCGAGUCGGGCUCGGAGGGUAAAGCGUACCGGUCCAAGGAGCAGCUGAUGCUCCGGGCCAACAGCCUGAAGAAAGCCCUGAGGCAGAUCAUCGAGCAGGCAGAGAAAGGUACGAUGGUGGACGAGCAGAACCGGCACACCCAGGUCCAGAGGGCGUGGUCCUCGUGCUCCAUCAAGAGGGAGAACAGCGAGGAGCUGAAGGACGUCGAGCCGCGUCAAGGAGGCUUAAGCCCCACCUCCCCAAUCGUCCUGGAGAAACCCGAGAGCUUCCACACGGUGACCUUCAGCGAGGACUGCGUACAAUGCUCCGAGAAGUGCGUGAUGAACAACUACUUCGGCAUCGGCCUGGACGCAAAGAUCUCCCUCGAGUUCAACAACAAGCGAGACGAGCACCCCAAGAAGUGCAGCAGCCGCACCAAGAACAUGAUGUGGUACGGAGUGCUGGGGACCAAAGAGCUGGUCCAGAAGACGUACAAGAACCUGGAGCAGAGGGUUCAGCUGGAGUGUGACGGGGUUCCCAUGUCUCUGCCCAGCCUGCAGGGCUUGGCCGUGCUCAACAUCCCGAGCUACGCGGGCGGCAUCAACUUCUGGGGAGGCACCAAGGAGGACAACAACUUCGGCGCUCCGUCGUUCGACGACAAGAAGCUGGAGGUGGUGGCGGUGUUCGGCAGCAUGCAGAUGGCCAUGUCGAGGGUCAUCAACCUGCAGCACCACCGCAUCGCGCAGUGCCGCCAGGUGAAGAUCACCAUCCUGGGGGAGGAGGGGGUCCCCGUGCAGGUGGACGGGGAGGCCUGGAUCCAGCCGCCCGGCAUCGUCAAGAUCGUCCACAAGAACCGAGCCCAGAUGCUCACCAGAGACCGGGCGUUCGAGAGCACGCUGAAGUCCUGGGAGGACAAGAGGAAGGUGGACAGCUACCGGGACAGCCGUCCCCGCCUGGACUCGCAGCAGUCCAUGGAGUACCUGACGGAGGAGGAGUGCGCUCAGGUGCAGCAGCUGGGCGCCGAGGCCGACACGCUCAUCAGCAAGAUCCGCGAGGCCGCCAAGACCCACAAGCUGGUGGAGCAGGAGCUGGCCCACGCCGUCAACGCCACCGCGCUGGUGCUCACCGAGGCCAAGCUGUCCACCCCCGAGUGUCUCAGUCGCAGCGCCGCCGUGGAGCUCGUCAACAGCAGCAAAGUCCUGCAGGCCGAGACCCGGAUGCUGCUGGACGGGAAGCUGCUGUCGGACUCCCCGGAGGAGCAGGAGCUUCGGACCUCCCUGAACGGCCUCAGCGCCGAGCUCCACAAGCUGGACGACAUCCACUGGAUCUGCCCGCUGAUGCAGUGCUCCGAGGAGGAGGAGGACUCGGCGCGGCUCGGCGGUAAGAGCAGCAGCGUGAAGCUGAAGGUCGCACCCAAGGUGAAGAAGGAGAAGCUCCACAAGCAGAAGUCCAACAGCUCGCUCUCAGGCAACUGGGAGAUCAAAGGGGGGGCCGGUGAGGCAGAUUCUUCGGGUAAUUGAAGUCCCGGAUGAGGCGCUGAAACCCCCCCCACCACCACUCCCCCUUCCCCCCUUACCCCCCCCCCCCCCCCCCUCACCCGAGUACCUCUCCAUCCGUGAGAGGGAGGACAGGAAAUCGACCCUCCACUUCGUGGGGACGAUCCGCUUUCCUGCUGUUUUUUUGGAGAAGACUUCCUGUUUGGUUUUCGUUUACGUGGAAGAGGAAGUGGAAGAGGAAGUGGAAGCGGUCAGCAGACACACAAAGCAGGAGGAACCGAAGGGUUCCUCUGUUUCUUCUAGCGCGGCGCUCUCCUUGCAUGCCGAGCGCCCGCCUUUCUUCUUUUGGCCUCCGUCACGAGUCGUGUUUUCUUAACUUAAAUCGUCUUUCUUCUUCUGGACCGACGGCCUUUGGACUCUUUGAUUAUUCUCGCCGUAUUUUUUUGCUGUUGCUGCUGCCACGAACAAACUGGAGCAUCUCCAGCUGGGAGGAGAUUGUUAGAUGUUGCGUGUGGACUUGCCGGUGGAUCCCUCCCGGGCUUCUGCUGCCGUGGUUCUGAAGUGGUUCUGAAGCGGUUCCUCGUGGGUCGGGGGUUCGUCGUGCUGUUUACACGAGGAGGAGGCGGCUCGCUGCCAAACUCCUGAUUGUAUUUGUAACAUAAGAGUACGAGUGCGUGACCUUUGAUUUUCGCCUUGUCCGUGGUUCAAAGCUUUUAAUAUGAUAUAUUUUUGAAGUACAUCUUAUUUUCCCAAAGGUAACGUGUGAAGCUUUGAACAAACUCCUUUUGCUUGAUAGUCGGGUUUUACUGCAGCAGCACUUCGUUAUUUAACCGGUACAAACAAUAUAUAAAAAUAAUAUAUAUAUCGCUUACAUGACUGCCAAGACUUCCAGAGAGAAGUUCUAACAGAUUUCAUCCCCACAGGAGGAAAUCCGCUCCUUCAUCUGCAGAUACGUUUCAGGUUUACGCUUCUUGAAGCUCAUUUUCAGAGAGAAGGUUUCGUCUGAGGAGCAUCAGCUGAAAAGGAACAAAACGUCAUCAAGACGGGUGUGAUUUCACUUUAGGGAUGACGUGUGUGUGUCCAACAUUUCGAAGUUUACUGUAUCUUGCCUUGCACUUUACGAAGAAGCAAACUUAAUUGGGGGGGGGGGGGGGGCAUUGUGUGCAUGGGUGCGUACGUGUGUUUAAGAUUUUGAGUGUUUACAAGUGUUUUUUUUCAUUAAGAAGUCUUUUAUUCAUGAUCAAAGUGUGUAGAUAAAAUGUAAUAUCUAAUAACAAAAUGUAAAAGAAUGGAACUUAUUUAGACGUGACAUCACAGCCCCCCCCCCCCCCUCCAGAUCUCCUGUUUAAUGCAAAUGCUGUUUCGCGUCGUUCCAUGUUUUAUUACAACAUAUUUUAAGGUUAUUUGGCUGCUGAGAAUCGUUCACAUGAACAAAAGACUUUGACAAAAUCCUGUUUAAUUUACUGUUUGCUUUAAUCAGCAUCUUCUUGCUCAAUGUUUGAGGGACACAACGGUUGAAGCCAUAAUUGUUCUCUUAACCAACGAUUGUUCUUCUUUAGAAACAUGAGUCUUUUUUUUACUGAAGCUCUUCUGGGGACUUUAGCUGAGAAUCUCAAAGGAACCAACAGAUUUACAGCUGUUCCACAGAGCUGACCUGCCUGCACAUCCAUCCAUCCCUCAUCCAUCCAUCCCUCAUCCAGCCAUCCAUCCAUCCAUUCCUCAUCCAGCCAUCGGGAGCCUAGGUGUUGCACGAGCGUGUGCGUCGCGAGGUGUUUUAUUGUGUUAUUGUGUGCAGUGUGUAACAAAACUGGAGCAAAUCCUCUGGAGAUUAAAUGAAUUAUUGAAGUGUG